GAAAGAGAAACUCAGAGCGCGGUGGUGAAAAUGGAGCGAGGGAGAAUCAGCUGUUCGAUCUGUCUGGAUCUUCUGAAGGAGCCAGUGACUCUUACCUGUGGACACAGCUUCUGUAAGAACUGUAUUAAAGACCACUGGGACUCAGAGGAUGAGAAGAGGAUCUACAGCUGCCCUCAGUGUAGAGAGGCCUUCAGGUCAAGACCUGAGGUGAAGAAAAACACCAUGUUGGCUGAUUUAGUGGAGGAGCUGAAGAAGACCGGACUCCACUCUGCUCCUGCCGAGCACUGCUAUGCCGGAGCUGAAGAUGUGGCCUGUGAUGUUUGCACUGGCAGGAAACUGAAAGCACUCAAGUCCUGUUUGGUUUGUUUGGCCUCUUACUGUGAGGAACACCUCCAGCCUCAUCGUCACUCGCCUCCAUUAAAGAAGCACAAGCUGGUGGAGCCCUCCGAGAACCUCCAGGAGAACAUCUGUUCCCGUCAUGACGAGGUGAUGAAGAUGUUCUGCCGAACAGAUCAGCUGUGCAUCUGUUAUCUCUGCUCGGUGGAUGAACAUGAAGGCCACGACACGGCCACGGCCGCGGCGGAGAGGGUGCAGAAGCAGAGCGACCUGCAGCGGAGUCUCCAAGAAGUCCAGCAGAGACUCCAGGACAGAGGCAAAGACAUGAAGGCGCUGCGACAGGGGGUGGAGGCUCUGAAUCGCUCUGCUGACAAAGCCGCGGAAGACACAGACGAGAUCUUCACCGAGAUGACGCGUCUCCUGCAGAGGAGAAGCUCCGACGUGAAGCAGCAGAUCAGGUCGGAGCAGGAAACCGAAGUGAGUCGAGUCAGAGACAUCGAGGAGAAGCUACAGCGGGAGAUCGCAGAGCUGAAGAAGAGAGAAGCUGAACUGAAGCGGCUCUUACUCACACACGACCACAACCACUUUCUCCUCAAAUACCGCUCGCUGUCUGCACUCAGUCCGUCCACACACUCGUCCACCAGCAUCAAAAUACGUCCUCUGAGACACUUAGAGGACAUGACAGCAGCUGUAACAAAGCUCAGAGGUCAACUAAAGGUCCUACUGAGCGAGACUCGAGUGGACGUCCCGCUGCCACACCCACAACCGAAGACCAGAGCCGAGUUCCUCACACAUUCACAGGAAAUCACUCUGGACCCAAACACGGUGAACGCGUGGAUGUCGUUGUCUGAGGGAAACAUGAAGGUCACCGUCGUGAAGGAGAACCUGCCGUAUCCUCGUCACCCGGACAGAUUCACUGACGAUUAUCAGGUGCUGAGUGGACAGAGCGUGAGUGGACGCUGUUACUGGGAGGUGGAGUGGAGAGGAGGAGGAGUCAGCGUCGCCGUCGCGUACAAGAACAUCAGACGAUCAGGAGGGUCGUCGGGUGGAUGUGGGUUUGGAUUCAACGACAAAUCCUGGGCUAUGUAUUGUUACCGCGACAGCUGUAACUUUGGCCACAACAGAGUCUGGACCAGAGUCUCGGGCGGUCUGACCUCCAGAAUCGGAGUCUACCUGGACCAGAACGCAGGUCGCCUGUCCUUCUACAGAGUCUCCAAUGACACCAUGACUCUGCUCCACAGAGUCCACGCCACGUUCACUCAGCCACUCUACGCCGGAGUUGGAUUUAACUACGAUCUUUUCUAUUUGCCCGGAGACACGGCCGAGUUCUGUCAACUCAAAUAAGGGGUCCAAAAUUAGGUCAACGGUUUUUAAGGUUUUCUGAUAUUUGAUGGACCAAACGAUUAAUCCAUUAUGAAAAUAAUCGUUAGUUUCAGCUCUAACGAUUAUACUAGUGAAAGCAAAGUGAUUAAAACGGGGAAUAUCAUCAAAACGGACAAACAUUUGACGACUGCUUCAAAGUCAUAUUCAGCAGUACAGUAAUUCUGUAUUCCAGUAGAACAGCACGUACAGACCUGUUUUUUUACUGUACUUUUUUGUAAUUUUUACAGGACAUAUAAAGUUUAAGCUCUUUUACAGGUGUGGUAAUUACCUAUGUUUAAAACAAAAUAAAGGUGUAGUGUAGUGUGGUUUAUUGUAAGAGUAUUAGGGCUGAAAGAAUUACUUGAUUUGUUGGUUUUAGAGGUUUUUUUUCACAAAUUAAACCAAGUUUUUGAC